AUGGAGGCAGACUUUAUGACACAAAGUAUAGAUGUUCCAAUUACAAAGAAAAUGAGUGAAAGUAUGGCACAACAAUUGAUGAAUCAGCAUGUUGAGGUUCAUGAGUCAGAAAUGGAGAAUUUAGAAUUUCAAGAAUUUGAUGAUGGUGAGGAUAAUGAGGAGAAGCCAAUAGAUGUAGGUGCUUUUGUGGAAUUUUCAACCGACGACGAAGACUCUGAAACAGAAGAGCUUCCCUCAGCAACAUCCCCUGUUAAGAAGAAGACUAGCCCUCUCCAUAAAACUCCGAGCAAAAACGGCAAUCAACCCAUUAAUAACAAAUUGUUAAACAUGCCAACAAUUAAGGUCACUAAACCUGAAUCGCCGCCCUUUGUUGGAUCCAAUGUUCCUACCAUCAGUUGUAACAUAUCAAUAACUCUCAAAGCAGCAACUUUUAAUAUAUUAUAUCAGGAGGCAAAUUUAGGUAGUAUGUGGAGAAACUUCUUCAAGAACUCUGACAAAAACGGACCUGUCAUACCUGGCAUUGGCCAUAUAUCUCUCAAACUUUCCAAUGGAUUGUCUUGCACUCUGUCAUUUUUGAGUGGAAAUGGCAACACAAACGAUACAUUUUCCACACUUGACUAUGGAAAUAAGCAGCAAAAACAUGACACGACACUAACACUCGCCAUUGGAGACGUUCAACUUUCUGAAAGACUAUGCUAUGACAUACUAGGCAGUAGCUACAAGUAUUCGGAGUUGAGGAUUUUAGAAUUUUUGAAAAAAUCUAAAAGUAAUUCGACAGAUGAAAUUGAACCCCAAAUUAAUUAUGGUUAUCAUUUUAUGAAGAGAGAUAAUUGUUUGAAACACACUUUAAUGAUCAAAAAUCCGUUACAGGUAACCUUAGACCCUGGUUUUAUUCAACGCCUAAGCCAAGUCUCACAGAAGUUAGUCUCCAAAAUAACCAUGUUUUCAAGAUCAAUGGCAGAGAAACAAGCCAAACACCAUUCAGAAUUUGACUUUGAAAAGGCCUUCUUGGAAAAUCUCGAAGAAGAAUCUCAUAUUGCAGUACCGCAUAAGACAGCGUUUGAGAUUACAACUUCUGUCAUCAUGCUUGAUAUGGUUCUUCCAAAAGAGUUAACAAACGACUUGCAGACAAAACAUCAGUUCAGAGAGGACAAAGUUCGCCUCGAAUGUCAAGAAAUCAAAAUUAAGGCGCACUUCAACGAGCACGGAAAGUUGUAUUAUACCAAUGAGAAUGAGGUUGAUUUGAAUGCUAACGAGAGAGUGCAGAGCGAUAAAACGGAAACGGUACUGCCUAUCAGCUUUGGAGAAACUAAUCUAUAUCUUUUAAAGAGCAAGGAUGUUCAUGAUAUUAUAAAAUUAAGACCUAUGGAUAUCUUAUUAACCUUGAAACAAGCCUCGACCGAUGAUUCGAGUUCACAUAGAUAUUCCGAAAAUAGAAUGUACUAUAGUAAUGUGCCUUACAGUCCACCUAAAUAUCAAGAAAAUUCUUAUGACGAAGAAUAUUUCGAACAUUCCUCUCUGGACUCAUCAAGUGAGGAUUUUGCUGAUGAGACGACACUAGAGGAUGCACCCAUUCCGAGUGACAAACAAUUUUCAGAAAAGGAUGAACACGAUGAUAUUGAAUUUUCUGUAGAUGCGAUUGAGGACACAAUUCUUGGCGGAAAAGUUUUGAAGCAAGCCAACAUAUCUCUAAUAGUAGAUAUUUCCGAAAAUAAGGGAGGUGGAGAUUGCGUUAUUGAGCUAACAAAGGACCAAUUCGAUCGUUUGGCUUCAUUUUUUUCCUCGUUGUCACAAGCAUUUUCUAGUUUUUUAGGGCAGAAAAAAGAAGAACAACAAGAAAGCCAAAAACUUUCGAGAGAUAUUCUCUAUUCAAGUCCUAGCCCAUCAUUUGCCAUGAAAUUCUCAAUUCAUGAUCUUGUGAUUAGACUUUCGGAUCCAGAAGCAAAUAGAAGUUUGGCUUUCAAUUUGAAAAAGUUGAACGCCCUAGUAGUGAUAUUCUCAGACUGGAUAUCCAACAAUCAUCCAUGUACUUUGAUCAAAACUUUCAUUUCAAAUGAGUACAUCAACUUGUAUGACGUUCAUAACCACCAAAGAACCAACAUUAUACGACGAGAUGACAAGAUUGUCAAGAGUUUUAGAUCAAACAAAUAUUGUUCUAGUAUUUCUGUAAUCACUGAAAUUUCAAAAGAUCCCACCAGAAGUAUAUCCAGUAGAGCAAAAUUAUAUUUUUGCGGACUCUAUUUGAGCUCUCUCUUAACAACGAGCCCGGAGAAUGAUUGGAAAAAUUUCUUGUCAGAGUUUUUUGCAAGCAACGAAGAGAAAUCGAAUCUUGCCCUGUCACUGUCGUUAAAUUUAGCCUUGCAUGAUUGUAUUGUGGAUUACAAGCCACCAACUCCAUGCACUGCUAGAGCAAUUUUGGCUGUCGAUAAGAUUGGAUUUAAGACAGCUCUUAAUCUACCUGCUUCAAGUAGAGAAACGAUAUUCACCAUCAAUAUUGAAGGUGUUUCUUUGCUAUUGAACAACAAUUUCAGCGCAGAUGUUUUAGAUUACAUUCACGAGGAGGUUAAAAAUAAGCGUCUUCCAAGGAGCGACUUUGGCUUCAUUAAUGACUUGAAAUAUUUGCGAUUUGUUCAAAUUGCAAGCUUAAACUCCUUACAAAUUAAGCUAUUCAAAAAACCAACAAACACAGAGACAUUUUUAGGCCAAAGUAUGCUCGUUUGUAGUCCAGAGAACAAUAAGAGCAUUUUCAAAUCAAAGAUCGUCACUAGCAUUAUCAUGACAGAGAAGGAAAGAGAAAUUCAGAAACAAAAAGAACCUCUGACAAAGGUAGAAAUAUCCAAGGGAACUAUCAUGAUUGAGUUUUGUAAUGACUCACUCAAGACUAUGAUCGAAGUCGUGAGAGAAAUUGCCAAACAAUUCCCAAAAAGCUCCCAAAAUGAACCAGAAGCUGAACCUCCUAACAGUACAAGUGCGUCAGACUCUUCUACAUCAAAACAACAUGUAUUGUACCCUAGUUUGGAAUCUGGAAAGGACACUCUUCCUACUAUUAAUUAUGCCUCAUCUACUACAACAAAUAACGUAAGAGAAGAUACCAUAGUGAUUUCACAUACUGGAAAUAUACUUGAGGGAAUUAAUGAUCACCAAUUUGCGUCAGUUACAACCCGAAAGUCAACAGCGGUCACAGAGGGUCUACCUGUUGGAAAACAAUCCAAUCCAAGUGCCCUGAUCGGAAGUAGCAAUGUUAGUCCAAAGGAUUCAACCAAGACUGAGCACAGAUCAACAAGUGGAAGCAACAAGCAAGUAGAGUCUGGCACCAUUCAGAGCUACAUUUCUUCAUUGUCUUCAUGGGUCAAUUUCGGUUAUUUGACUGGUGACGAUACACAAAAGAACCAACAACCCCCAAAUCCUACCAUCCAACCAGGAUCAUCUACCUCUUACAUGUCAACAAGUAGAAGACAAGACGAUGAUGAACUUCUUGUGACAAGUGUUUACCACACUGGCUCUGGAAGUACCUUUAUUAAGCCAUCCGAUUCCAUGAAGGGAACUUUGCUCAGCUCAUUCAUUCAGAGAGAAUAUUUUCCAAAAGUCACUCAGGAAGAUGUCAAAAAGAGUACCAUUCUACCGAACGAUUAUCCAACUCCAACCUUUGAAUUGGUUGUGAAGGAGGUAAAUAUUGUUUGCCAUUUAUAUGGUGGAAGUGAUUGGGAGGAAAAGCAAUCGACAGGAAAAAGUCUUUCGGAGAGUCAAAGCUCUGAUGCAUCAAGUUAUUUAUUCGGAGAGGAUAUAAUCACUAGCACGAGAGACUCAUGUAAAUUAGUUCAAUUUGUAUUCAAUGAUAUUUAUUUGCAACUGGAUACUUUCCCAAAGAAUCCAAUGUCCACUUACGUUUCAAGACUGAAUGUUUCCAUCAUGGACAUUGAAAUUAUUGAUAAGCUUAAAAUGUCCAAUCGAAACAAGAUGCUAAAGUAUUGGGAAUCUAUUCAAAAUCCAAGAGAGACUGGAAGCAGCAUGUUUGAUCUCGUGUAUGAAGUUAUUUGGCAACAACCUGUCGUUCCAAGUAUGAACGAGACUGAAGUGAGAAUCGAUAUUGACAUACUUCCUAUUAGGCUUAACUUACAUCAGACAACGGUGGAAUUUCUUGUGGACUUUUUCACAAAGGGAACCACCAACGAUAGCAGCAGUGAUAACACGAGUGUUAAUAACUCAAGUGAGACCAACACUGAUGUUGAAAAUUCGCCAAGGUCAUCUCCAACCUAUUUCCAACAUUUCCGCAUUAGCCCAAUCAAUCUAAAGAUUGACUAUCAGCCAGUUCGAGUCCAUCUUGACACUGUAAAGGAAAGUGGAAUUACUUCGUAUCGGUCCAUUGUGCAAAUGGUGAAUUUGGUACCAAUAACAGGGUCUGAAGUUUGCAUUAAGGCCAUCCAGCUUAAUGGAGUCAGUGGUAUCGAAGAGAUCAUCUCGAGAUCUACCAACUUAAUUCUUGGAUCUAUUAAUACCAGUGACGUUUUCAGAAUGCUGUUAGGAAUAAUGCCACUGAAAUCCAUGUAUAGUAUUGGAACAGGUAUGGCAGAUUUGAUUGUAUUGCCAGUUCAAUCCUAUCAAACGGAUGGUCAAAUUUUACGUGGCCUGAGACGAGGCGUGGUAUCCUUUGUGACAAACUUAUCUGUUGGAACAGUGCAACUGAGUGCUAAUGCUGCAAGUGGUGUGAAUUAUGUUGUAUCCUCCGCUGAUGAAUAUGUAAAAACAAACACUGGACUCAGAAACGUUAAUUAUGAUUAUUUGGAUGAUGAUGCUCCUCAACAACCAAGCACAACAGCCUCUUGUCUUGACGACGACCUUCCCAACAACAUUAACGACGCUAUUCAAAAAGCAUACAAAGAUCUGUCAACUGGUUUUGAAAAUGCAAAACUUGCGGUUAUUGCUAUACCAAGAACAGGAAAUAUGUGGUCGUUGCCUCAUGUUGUGUUGUCACCUCUUGCAGGCAUGACAGGAGCCGUUGCCAAUCUCUUAAUGGGCAUUAGGAGUGAGUUGGACAGAUCUUAUCGCAAAGAAAGUGAGGACUUAUUCAAGCGACAGUGA